UACUGGAACUUGAGCAGGGGCCCGGUGUACAGGGAGGGCUUGGCGGGUUUCCCGGGCUCCGGGGAGAGGCCGGGGCUGUCCGCUGAUUGGCUGUGGUCCGCCUGCAAUGCGCGCGGCGGGUUCGAUCUGCCGACAUAAACGUCUCGGACUGUGAGGGCCGUGAAGAGCAGCAGAGCCGCCAGCAAGCCGGCCUGGCUGUACUCCGCCAUUUCUGCUGUGUAUCAGCGAGCUGACGUCGCGUCACUUCCGGUCAGACCCUUCACAAUAAGAGAGGAGCUGAGUCCGCCACGCGGUAGUAAACAGAGUGACGUCAUAUCUGUGGGACGUCCGGUGGAUGGAUGAUUUGAAGCGACUGAAGGUGAAAGAUUAAAGAAUCAAAUCAGCUUGGACCCGAUAGAGACCCCGAAACACCUGAUAGGACUUGUCACCAUGUUGAGCGUGGGGGGGGCAGUAAGGUACGGCGUCCUGCAGCUUCCUGUACGAGGAGUCAGUUCUGCUGUGUUCAACAGGAAGUCACCUUCAUCUGGGCACACCUGUCCUGCUGGACCCCCUCCACCUGCUGGACCCCCUUCACCUGCUGGACCCCCUUCACCUGCUGGACCCCCUCUACCUGCUGGACCCCCUUCACCUGCUGGACCCCCUCCACCUGCUGGACCCCCUGAAGUCUGCUAUCACGUGUUACAUGUCAGGACGCUGUCAGGAUUCAGGACGCUGUCAGGAUUCGGGACAUUUGGGACACCAUCAGGGUUCAGGACACCAUCAGGGUUUGGGACACCGUCAGGGUUUGGGACACCAUCAGGGUUUGGGACUCUGUGCGGGGUCCAGACUCUGUGGGGAGUCCGGAGGCUCUCCGGUGGCAGGCAGGAUGGCAGUGACGGUGCAGCCGGCUGGUACGGUGGCCUCUCAGACUCGGCGCCGGUCCACCUGUGUGAACACUUCCUGGUGAGCGUGCAGCAGUUGAGCGGGUUGCCGUGGUGGCUGAGCAUCGUCGUGGCGACGUUGUCGGUCCGGACGCUCAUCACUCUGCCGCUCGCCGCCUACCAGAUGGUUGUCAUCGCCAAGGUGGAGGCGCUGCAGGCCGAGAUCUCCGAGCUGGCGAAGAGGCUUCGAUACGAAGUGUCAGUGCGAGCGCGAGAGAGAGGCUGGACGGAGAAACAGAGCCGGUUCCAGUUCCAGAAGAAUCUGCGUCGUCUCGUCUCUCAGCUCUACAUCAGAGACAACUGUCACCCGUUCAAAGCCAGUGUUCUGGUCUGGGUUCAGCUACCGCUGUGGAUCAGCCUCUCCCUGGCCCUCCGAAACCUCUCCCUCAAUCAGCCCGAUGUUGGGGCUGAUCUGGCAGUGGGAGGAGCUCUCUGGUUCCCGGACCUCACCGUUCCUGACUCCAGCUGGAUGCUUCCGGUGUGUCUGGGACUCACCAACCUGCUCAUCGUAGAGGUGUUUUCUCUCCAGAGAGUCAACCCGUCUCGUGUUCAGAAGAUUGUGACGAACGCCGUCCGAGCGUUCUCGCUGGUGAUGAUUCCCAUCGCUGCGACCGUUCCCUCUUCCAUGGCUCUCUACUGGUUUACCUCCAGUCUGGUGGGAUUCAGUCAUAACCUGGUCCUUCGUUCUCCGGCCGUCCACAAACUCCUCAGACUCCAAACUCCUGGAUCAGCCUCUCCGUACAGAGACCUGCUGUCUGCCUUCAUCACCAAGUACUGCAGAUAAUACUGCAGGUACAUGUUAAAUACUCCUGGAUCAGCCUCUCCGUACAGAGACCUGCUGUCUGCCUUCAUCACCAAGUACUGCAGAUACAUGUUAAAUACUCCUGGAUCAGCCUCUCCGUACAGAGACCUGCUGUCUGCCUUCAUCACCAAGUACUGCAGAUAAUACUGCAGGUACACGUUAAAUACUCCUGGAUCAGCCUCUCCGUACAGAGACCUGCUGUCUGCCUUCAUCACCAAGUACUGCAGAUAAUACUGCAGGUACAUGUUAAAUACUCCUGGAUCAGACUCUCCGUACAGAGACCUGCUGUCUGCCUUCAUCGCCAAGUACUGCAGAUAAUACUGCAGGUACACGUUAAAUACUUCACAGAUCAGACUCUCCGUACAGAGACCUGCUGUCUGCCUUCAUCACCAAGUAUUGCAAGUACACACAGAGUACUGCAGAUAAUCACAGAGUACUGCAGGGAAACACAGAGUACUGCAGGUGUAGGCUAGUGGCUAGGGGCUAGGGGCCAAGGGCU